GUCGGUUUCUUCGCGACGCCUCAUGUUGAGCUCAGAAGUGGCUGCAACUUUGUCAGAUGCCAGAGACUUCUGUCUGCCCGCUGGGCGAGUAAUUUCAGGAGAGCAGCUGCUAUGCACGCGGCUGGCCACGACCUGUUCAGUGAUCCUUUGAUGGCCAUCUGUCAGCCUUGUCUCGGCCAGCAUCACCGUAGUCUACGCUGAUCGUCCGCAGAACUCAUUCAGCACUCCACCGUCUGAACCGGCAGCGCGGAGGUAACUACAGAACCGCAGUCAGUCGUAGCGCCGAGUCUACGCAGCCCAGCACCGCAUUCAUUGAACAAUCAAGGGCAGCCGAACCUUGGCCGAUUAAUUAUCUAGUGCGGAGCGACACGGAAUGAGCCGAAUACUGGAAUCGAUCGGAUCCACCGUCCACACCGUCAUCCACCGCGCACACGACAACGCGCACGACCUCGCACAAGUGACGAAAUCGUUCGCCGAGGAGAAUCUGCUGGAUGCCCGGUAUGUGGACUUGACGAUCCAGUUCAUCGGCGCUUCUGGGUUACCCAAAGUCGACGUCGUAGGAUCCGCGGAUCCGUACUUCGUGGCGAAAAUCGACGACCGGAUCUCGUUCGUGUCCGCAGUCAAAGUCAAUACGCUCUCCCCUGUAUGGAACGCGCUGUGGAGGAUUAGGAAUGUCCCAGCACACGCCACGCUCUCGGUCGAGGUGAUGGACAAGGACGAUGGGGCGAAGGUCGAUGACUUCAUCGGGAAAUUUUCGACCACCAUUAGUUCUGGUGCGAAGGAGGUUGAAAUCGUGGGGCCCGUGUAUCGGCGCGCGGGUGGCUCAUUCUGGCUCAAGAUAGAAAGCGUGAAGGCUGGAGACGAUCCCCAGCUCUUUCCAUAUCUGUUCGACGGCCCCAUCCGUUUCUCUCGCCAUUUCUCUCCAACCAUCGGGCUCUUGACGAAUACCACCCUCUCCGAUGACUCCAAAUCGCGGCUGUACUCUACCUGGAAGAUGUACAUCCGCGGUAUCCGGCUGUUCUUUGGGGACACCGUGCAGCAAUGGAACCACGGUUAUAAAGCUGCCCAAGCGAUAUUCAAUCCCGGCCCAUCAUCGCUGGCUGUCCGCUCAGGCAUCAUCGCCGGGCAUCGCCUCCUCUACGCCCGGGCCACAACCAACCAGUUCGGGACGAUCGAAUCCGCCGCGGACGUCCUGGGCGUGCUGCACAGCGACGGGCGCGUGAAGCCCGCGGUCUACACGUACAUCAUCUCCGCCGAGGACGAGUCGCUGCGCUUCUCCGAGACGGGCGCGGCGUUCUUCGUCGACUUCGCCUCGAAGCACGCGCUGCACGCGAACUGCCACCCGUGUGUGCGCUACUCGGGCGAGUUCCACCCGCGCCCCGCCGGGGGCUGGAAAGCCUUCAGCGACGCGCAGGCGGACGGGGACGUCGCGUGGGAGAUCGUGGUCGACAACAACUCGGGGACGUACUCCCCCGACAAGACGCUGUUGCCGCAGCUCAAGGCGCUGCUGGAGUACAACUUCCCCGGGCUGACCGUCCAUGCGCUGGACCGGGAAGACCCAGAGCUGAUUGCCAGCCGGGAGGCGUGCAGGGCGUAUGCGCUCGAGCACCGGGGUGUCAAGCGGAGCGAGCUGCAGCCGCAGACGCAUGGAGAGGAGUCGACCGACACCUUGGCUGCUCAGGCCAUGGCCGUCUCGGCCGAGGAGCAGGCAAGCAUCCAGUGCGAGCCGGCGUAAAUGAUUCCAUUCGUGCUGCUCAUAAGAAGCCGUAUUCGACCGUAUGGGAUCACUUUGGAUUUAAUUGUGGGCAGUGUAAUGUAUCGUAACUGACACCGUCAUAUCAUAGCGUUGUAUGUAGUACUUAAGCUUGGGUGUCUGAAUCGAACUCUCGCAGGCAAAUGGUGUGAUGAC